AAGGAUGAUGAGGAGGCCUGUUCUAAUAGGAGUGUAUUUAUACAAGGAGAGUCACAGGUCAGGGCUUCUAAGACAGCUCCAGCAACCCAGAAGAACCAUCCAUGUAAGCAGUGUUUCUCGGUGUUAAAAGAUAUUUUGCACCUGAAUGAGUUACAAGCAGCACACUUGGAGCACAAAGGCUUCUUCAGUGAGAAAUGUGUGAGAGACUUCUGUUCCAGUGUAAACCCUCACCAGCAACAGAGGGAUGCCAGGGGAAAGACGUCCUGGAAAGAAGCUAUGGACAAGGCCUCAUUUGUGACCAGGUGCAGCUUCGACUUAUCAGAGCUGCCUUCAAACAGCAGGGUGGUUGGGGAAGAUUCCCAAACUCUCUCGGAGCUUCUCCAGCACCAGGCAACUCAUAACACUGAGGAGCCACACUGGGACAGUGAGAUUUCACAGGAAUUUCUCAGUGGAAAAAGUCAUCACCAGUGGGGUGAAUGUGAAAACGCUGCCAGCCACAACCUCAAUGUUGUUGAAUGUCAGGGUGUGUGUUCUGGAGAGUGUGGAAAAUGUAGGAAGAAUUAUAGACGAAUCUUUAACCUCAUUCGACAUAAAAGAGUUCACCAUGAAGAAAAGUGGUAUGAGUGUACAGAUUGUGGGAAGUCCUUCAGUCAGAGUUCCACCCUCAUUCGACAUCAGAGAACUCACACUGGAGAAAAGCCAUAUGAAUGUACAGAUUGAGGGAUGUCCUUCAGUCAGAGUUCCAACCUCAUUCAACACCACAGAGUUCACACUGGAGAAAAGCCUUAUAAGUGUAGAGAAUGUAGGAAAUCCUUUACCAGCAAUAGUCAGCUCCUUAUCCACAAGAGAGUUCACACUGGAGAAAAACCUUAUGAAUGUUGUGAAUGUGGGAAAUCCUUUAGGCAAAAUAGUCAGCUCUUUAUCCACAAGAGAGUUCACACUGGAGAAAAACCUUAUGGGUGUAGUGAAUGUGGGAAGUCCUUUAGGAAUAAUAGUCAGCUCCUUAUCCACAAGAGAGUUCACACUGGAGA